AUGGAGAAAAGUGGAUGCAGCGAAAGUGGAGCUGCACAGAAGUAUAAGAGAGAAGACGUGCUGCGUUGGCCUUCCCGGACCCAAAAAACAUCCAGGACAUCCAGAGAUGGCAUGGACGGGGUGCCAGGUCAACCAGGACGAACUGGUCGUCCUGCUGAUCUGGAUACUAGGCCAUUAUGCGUCCGAGAAUGCCCUGUCCUGAAAAAAUCCUGUCGGAGGCGUGGCCCACAAAGAGAAAAAGGUGAGCGCGGCAGACGCGGCAGCAACGGACUACCAGGAAAAUCUGCUCCACCUUCUCCUGCAGGAGAAUGUGGAGAAAUGGGCAAGCAAGGAUUCAGAGGUAUUACUGGACCACCAGGAGAGCCUGGUGAACGGAAAAGGUGUUCACAGCGGAGGGCCAUCCGGGAAGAUUGGUGA